AUGGCACAGCGAAGGCGGAGACGCCACCUUCUCCUCGGCCUGGUCGGCGUCUUGGGCGCAAUGCGGCUGAUGGCUGAGAGGAUGGAGGUCGGCUUCGCGGGUUGGAAGAUGGAUCAGAUGGGUCUUGGUCCUGGAGCGCUCCUGAGGCUGAGAAGCUGCGGGAGGACAGGCGGUUCGCUGGUGCCACAUGCUGCUACGGCAGAGGCUUCGACAGUAAGCCGACCAUGGGAGACGCGCUUCAGGGAAUUGGAGGCAUUUGUCGAAGAGCAUGAAAGGCUUCCUCGACGGUUCCGAGCUGAUGAAGCUGAGACACAACUGGGCUUUUGGUUGAACAGCCAAGGUAAGCGUGUCACCUCGCAGCAAAUACCAUCCCGCCAACUUGAGAAAUUGCGGACUGCAAGAUCCGAUCUCAUCCGCAGGCGUGCUGAAGGGUGGAUCACCGGCGACCCUGAUGGUUGUUUCGAGGAAAACUGCCGAGAGCUGAGGGAGUACAUAGAGAUGAAUGGCGAACUUCCAAGGUGCACCCCAUCCGAGUCCGACUCUUCCGCCUUUCGACUGGCGACGUGGUUGCGGAAUCUUCGAGCGAAUGGAGCUCGUGCCAUGCCUGAGAGGAGGAAGAUGCUGGAGGAAGUGCACCCUUUAGUGAAAGAGCUCCUCCAGGAAUGGGACGACAGCCCUCUGAAGAUCAACAGAGUAAAAUGGGAGGAAGAUUUGGAGAAAGUACUCGACAUCGUGGAGCAGCACGGGCGGCUCCCGAAAGCCAAGACUGAGAAACCUGAGUACCAUUGGCUCUGGAGGCAACUCCGACGACUCGACACUUUGCCGCCUGAGCUGGAAAAGCGACUUCGUGGCUCUCAUCCACUCGUCGCAGAAGCUGCCAGGAGGUCGGAACAGAAGGCGAAGGGUACAAAGGCCUAG